AUGAGUUCAUUCCGUGAUAUUUAUUCUAAUGCAAGAUUAAAUGUCAGGAUGAGUUACUUUAUUGAUAGUGGAAGUGACCAUGAAGAAAACACUGGGUAUGACGACAAAAAUAUUGGGUAUGACGAUAGUGAGACACAAGAUAUCGGCGGUAUGUUUCAACAGCAAAGGAUGGUGACCAUCAACAAGGGGAACUGGUCUCAAAAGAUAAUGAAUCAGUCAACAGGGACACGAACCUAUGCUAGUUUGGCUCAUGAAUAUGAACUUCUGCAUGGUAAAGAGCCAAAUAGAUGGGAAUUGUUCAAAUUAACAUACCGAAAGGUAGGAACUCAAGAGCCAAUUGAUGCAGCAAGUGCAAAAGCAAUUGAGAAUUUUGAAGUGGCCGAACAAAAGAGGCUAAGCAUGAAUGUUGACAUCACUGCUCCAGAAAUCCGUAAAGAGAUGUAUGCUGAGGUUCUUGGUAAGGAGAAGGGAAAUCGAGUAAGGGGUCUUGGAGCUGGGGUUACUUGGGAUGAAGUUCCUGGAAUUCAUGUGGAAGAGCGAGGUGUUUCAAAGGAAGUGCAACUCUUGCGAGUGCGAUUAGAAUCACAAACCAAAGAGGCACAAGAGAGGCUGGGAAGCACGUCUGAUGGAUGAAUUACAAAGGAAAAUGGCCGAACAAACAAAAAAAAUGGAAGA